ACGUUCCAGACGUCAUUAAUGCUUGCCAAAACACCAUAAAGUUGUGUAAAUGACUGUUUGACCUUUCUUAUCAAACCAGUGUGUCUAGCUAACGGCAAUGAACAUGUCUCUACUACGCGUAUGUGCUUCUACAUCGAUUUUUCGUGCGACCCAAGGGUUAUUCAUGGAGUCUGCUUUUACAGGAUGCUUGCGGACAGCAAGUGGAGCAGCGAAGGACAAGGAGCCACUGCGCAAGGCCAAAACCCCCCAGGGCCGCUUUGACAUGAAUGAUGAGAAGACAAAGGAUCCCCUUGAAAAGUUUCCUGAUGAUGUGAACCCAGCCACUAAGGAGCAGGGGGGGCCCCGAGGCCCAGAACCCACGCGCUACGGGGACUGGGAGAGGAAGGGCCGCUGUGUCGACUUCUAGGUUCCAUUCCUGGUGUAUUACACAUGCAAUGUGGACAUACCUUAGCUCUAACUUAUGCAUCUAUGUCUGAGGAUUGUUGUGCAAGAGGCCAGGAAUAGUGCACCAUACUGAAUCAGGCUGGACUGUUUCCCCAUGAACCAUACAAUCUGAUUUGUAUUUCACAUUUAUACACAUGUAGUCUGUAGAACGGUCUCGCUUACUUUUUAUGGUGCAAUACUCACUUUGCACACUGAUAUUGUCUUUGUUGAAAUGGGUGAUGAGGAUGAUGAGACAUGAUGGCCUAGUGAACAGUAAAGGCUGCUGAGGGAGGAUGGCAAAAAGCUGUUUGAUUCCAUUCUGAACAAUUUUAUGAGCUGUCCUCCCCUCAGCAGCUUCCACUGAUAGUGAACGAUUGUCAUGCAAGGUUAUUGCUUCCUGUACAGAGAUGUCAAUGUUGUGAAUAAAUGCAAUGUAAAAAAAAUCUGGAGAUUACUCUGGCAUGUUUUCACUUUUUGAUGUAUGCUCAUGAUAUUGAGAGUCAUCUACAAUGCCUCUGAUUGUCAGUAUUCCUACAUUAGGCCAUGUCUCUUUUCACUCUACUCUCUUUCUCUUUCCUGUCUCUCAGUUGUUAAUUGAUUCAAUGCAAUGAAGGGAAGUGCUCCUGCUCAGCGACACUCAACAGGCGACAUCCUGACCUGAGCGGCUCUUCUACGUCUUGUCUGACUGGCACGCCCUUACCCUGUAACAUGUACUGAUCAAAAUAUAAACGCAACAUGCAACAAUUUAAAAGAUUUGAUUGAGUUACAGUUCAUUGAAGGAAAUCGGUCAAUUGAAAUAAAUAAAUUGGGCUGUGAUCUAUGGAUUUCACUUGACUGCACAACAUUUGAGCGAAAUAAGCUUUUCGUGAGUAUGGAAAUGUUCUGGGAUCCAUAAUAAAUUGUCAAAAUUUGGGGAUGAAGGGGAUUUUACAAAGACAGAAUAUGAGUAUAUGAAUGUUGACUGCCCAACCACAUGUGACACCUGUCAUAUGCUCUACCCAAAAUUCACAAGAGCAUGACACCACCUAUACCAGGCUGGCGCAUUGUAAGUAGUAACGGUUCUCUGACCGAGAAUAUCUCUAACUUUUGUAGGCCAUUUUGUUAAACCCUGGGCGAUAUUUAAAAAUGGGUUUCAAUUGUGGGUCAGUAUCAAUAAUGUACCAGUGGUUCCUGAUGGCGUCCUUAAAUGCCUUCCCCAAUGGUGAGUUUUGGGUGAAGCAUGAUGGGAUAUGUUCUUUCUAUUUAACUUUUGGUUGAAGGCUUUCCAACUGUUAGUCCUUCAAAAUGAUCAUUGGCAUGUUUUCCCCAAUUGUCUUUGUAUCCCCUUUCCUUAAACCUUUGUGUGAGGUUCAUGGUCUGUUUCAUCAAAGCUGCAUAUUCUUCUGAUGUGACUGAAUUGACUUUUUGGGAGACUUUUAAUAAGUGGACGUGGAUGACAGCUGACCUCUAAGGAGGGUAUUUCUGUCCGUAGGUUUCCUAUAGAGAAUUGUAGAGGGAAGUUUUGUACUUAAUAACCAUCAGAUCAAGAACAUUGAUUUGUGAUAGGUCAAAGUUAAUGGUGAAAUGAAGGUGUUCAUUCAGAGUUUAGAUAAGCAUGGAAUUCAAAAAGUUCUUCCUGGGUGCCUGUAUAGAUCACGAAAAUGUUAUCCAAGUAUCUCAGAAUUGGGAGAAUAUUGGAGAGAAAAGGGUUACGGUCUGGAUUCAGCACCACCUGAUUUUGAAUCAUUUCUAGAUAUGUUAGAAUAAUUAUGAGCCCUAGUGCUCCCUAUCGCUAUCCCUUUGGUCUGGAGGAAAAAGUCUCCUCUGAAGCGAAAAUAGUGUGAGGUUAGUAUCAGUUUAGCCAAGUCCACAAUACAAUUGGUGCUGGGAAGUCGAUUACUGAGUACUUCCCCUAUAUAUACAUGUAUAUAUACAGUGGGGAGAACAAGUAUUUGACACACUGCUGAUUUUGCAGGUUUUCCUACCUACAAAGCAUGUAGAGGUCUGUAAUUUUUAUCAUAGGUACACUUCAACUGUGUAUGAUUUUUAAGUAAUUAAUUUGCAUUUUAUUGCAUGACUUAAGUAUUUGAUCACCUAUCAACCAGUAAGAAUUCUGGCUCUCACAGACCUGUUAGUUUUUCUUUAAGAAGUCCCCCUGUUCUUCACUCAUUACCUGUAUUAACUGCACCUGUUUAUAUUUGCUUCAAGUGUGUUUUUUAGUGAAAGUUGACAGUUGGCACUUGUAUGGAGGGAUAUGGGUGUGGGACAAGCGGAUAGAUGGGUGUAGAUGGGUUUGGUUGAAGAAACUCCCAAUCCCCCUACCUCCCUUCUCUUUAUAAGUAAUAAAAUGAACUGUAAUUGCUGCAUUUUAUCUGUGAUAUAAAAUCUAAUAUUUUAUAUUAAGGUCUGUGGUAAAAUAUUAAUAAUAAUCAUAUUUUACAGAAUUAUAUUUCAUGAUAUUACUUUGUCUUUACCAGGGUUGGGGAGUAAUGGAUUACAAAAAAACGGUACAUAACAAGCAAAAAUAGAGUAAUCAGAUUACAGAUACUUUUGAAAAACUAGAUGAUUACUUCAAGGAUUACCUUUAAACUCAGAAGGAUUUUAGCAAAAAAUCUUUGACCAUUCUCUGUUUUCUUAAUGACAUUCAAAUCAGCAUUGAAAAAAGGCGCAAGUUUAAGUUUGUUCCACCUGAGCGAGUCUGACCGCAAUUCAGAGAUCACUAAGGAGGACAGCAAUGGUUUAGUCUACGGUGAUACGGAUAUCAUUUGUUAUUGAUAUCCACAUAGUGCAUUGAUGUGAAUCACACCGCUGCUCUAUCGUGUAGCUAUUUGCGCAUUACGGAUUGUGGUUGUUGUGGAUUGCUGUUAGCAAAUCUAAAUGUGUAUUUGAACCCAAUAAUGGUUGAAUUCAAGAUGUUUAAGCUGCCUAUCAAUCAUUGUUUUUGAAACCAGUGGACAGACAGUGAAACAUGUGCUCUUGCAACAGCUGCACAGUGUGAAUCCAAGCCUAUGGAAUGCAAGUGAGGCUUUUUUUUUCUUCAGUAGUGCUCAAAGCAUGCCAUUCCAUGAGCACAGCAUUUAUUUUUCAACUCGAAUCAAUGAGCCCAAUCAGUCCUCCAUGACAACAAAAUCAGAAACAACAGAGUAGGGCUGGCUAAUAAGUCCUCCGUUUUGGGGUCAUGCUCAGGUAAAGCAAUCAGGCUAAUCAAUACUUCCAUAUUUCCAAGUUCUAUUCUUGAAGAUCAAGGGGUAUAACAUUUAUUUGAAUGACUGGAAUUCUGAUACUUUGGUUUUUAAUGUAAAGAUAUAAUUCAAUCGUAUUAUUAUAUGUAGUAGAAAGCGAUGGGUUAGAAGAAGCCUACAUAACCAACCCAUAAAGUAAAAUGUAACAUACAUAUAUGACCAGCUAUGUAAACUUUAACAUUGAUCUAUCCUGCAAUAGAUGUCGUUCAAUUAGUAACAUUCAUUUUUGUCUUCUUCUAAUGCCUCUUAAGGGGAAAGUAAUCUAAAUGUAACAGAAUGUAAUCAGAUUACGUGACUGAGUUUGGGUAAUCCAAAAAUUACAUUACUGAUUACAAUUGUGACAGGCAACUAGUAACAAACGGAUUACACUUAGAAAGUAACCUACCCAACCCUGGUCUUUACACAUCUAUUCAGUACUAACCAAAUGCAGCAAUCCGCUUCAGCAAGCAUUUCUUUUUUUUAAGCCUGUUUUAACAUUUUACAGUAAAGCACUUUGGAUGAAGUGUUAAAUGUGACAGGCUGUAUUAUUAUGCUCAUGUAUGUGUUGGUACUGUAUGUACAAUAAAGUCUGCAAUAUCAUUAUAUCUGAUAUGGGUUGAAGUUAACAUUAAUAAUCCUGUGUCAAGUCUCAUAUGGCUGAAUUGUAGUGUAUUUACAGAAUUAACCCCCGUGUUGUAAACAAUUUCAUCCACUAGAUGGCAGUAAUGUGCUAGCACCUUCAAAGAGGUCUGUGCAAGUGUUUCUAUUCACCCUUCAAGUACUGAGCAAAUGUCAAAAUUAAUACAAUUCCCUGAACGUUGCUUUUAUGUAUACUAGAAAUGUCUGUUUGUGAUCCAGUCACGUAACACGUGUGACAUGCAAAGUUCAAGUGUCAUACCGAGUAGGUAAUGUUGAGCCCCCUACUUCUGUCUGUCACUUACUCCAUUAAAUAUCUUAAACAUA